UUUUGCAUUGCAUGAACACGUUCAGUGUUGACAUUCUUGUGACUGAUCGUGGACUUCUAAAAUGUUAAAUUACAUUACUGUAAUUUUGCACGUUUUACAUUUGGUCUUGGCUGUUACAUCUACUGGCCAGAGCAACAUUUCAUGUAGAAAUGAGAAGAAUGAACCCGUUGACUGGUUCAUUAUCUACAAAUUACCCAAAUACGUAAUGGGUAAUGCUGGAACUGGUCUGGACUACAUGUACUUGGAUGGUUCCAUGAAGACCUGGGAACUGAGCACGUUCAAAGUCAACAGCACCAGUGGAGCAGCAGGGCUUACCCUUGGACAGCUGUACCAGGGCAAAGGGUACAAGUCCAACAGCUCAGCUUAUUUGCUCUACAAUGACGCUCCCCCUGAGCUGCCCUAUGACAUGGAGCAUGGUCACACCAAAGGUGUUGUAAUGUUUGAUAAGUCUCAAGGGUUCUGGUUAUCCCACACCAUACCCCACUUCCCUCCUUUCCCUGAGAGGGGCUUUGACUAUCCUUCUACUGGCAUGUUCUUUGGACAGGUCCUUUUCUGUGUCACCUACAGCUAUGAGCAAUUUCAUGCAAUAUCUGAACAGCUGGCAUACAGCAACCCUCACGUCUACAACUGCUCGCUGCCAGCUCCUCUCUGGGCAGACAUGACCCGUCUAGCUCAGCUCUGCCUGAGGGUUAACCCUCGUCUGCCCAGAGAUAGGAAUGUGAAGAAACUGGUAUCGGCCAAAGGGGAGAGCUUUCUCAGUUUUGUCAAGUCACACCUCUUUGUUGAUGACAUUUACACUGCCUGGGUCGCUCAGCUGCUGAACACGGACCUCCUGGUGGAGAGCUGGCAGAGAGACGGGCACGAGCUUUUCUCCAACUGCACCCUGAGCAGACACGUGCUGAACGUCAGCGGCGUUCGACUGCCCGGCCCUUUCUAUUUCCACUCUCACAACGACCACUCCAAGUGGUGUGUCUCCGUCAAUCCGAGGGAUCGCUGGGUGUGCCUGGGCGACUUGAACCGCGAGAGGGGGCAGGCCUAUAGGGACGGGGGACUGAUCUGCACACAGAACGCCCUCAUCUACAGGGUGUUCCGCCGGGCCAUCUACUCGUUCUUCACAUGCUAAGGCCUUUUACAGGAGCUGGAGAACAGCUUAGUGUGUUUGCGCGACUGGUUGGGGUGGGAUUUCCCACAGUGGCCGAGAGCCUAUUCACAUUACGCACCAUGACGCAUGAUUCAACGGCAAUGCACAAUUGACACGCUCCAUGUUGUACCCAGGAACCUCUUUAUGGUACAACAUGCACUGCCACAGAGCAGGCCUCUCUAAACUUAAGAAACAAGACAAAAACAAUAGCUUAUGGCAGUCGCAAAUGCACCAUGUGCUGUACCCGAGAUCUGUCACCUUCACGGCACAACACACACUUCCAGUAACCUGAAUGCUUCACCAAAGAAACAGAACAGAAAAAAACAUCACCAACAGAGCAAUCUUUGUUAACAUCUCACUGGGGUUAUCAAGUAGGCACCUUUUUUAGGCCCAUGACCUCUCCAGAGGUCUCAACAGGGGUGUAUAGUGUCCCAGAUCCACCCCCUUCCUCACUGAUGGGUUGAGAGAUGUUACUAACAGAGACACCAACGUACCAGUCCAGAAACACAGCUACAAGAUGUACUGUAGUAUAAUUAACAACAGCAACAGCCAGAAAUGAUAUGAGGGGUAUUUCACAAAUGCAGAAGUAAAAAAUUCAAGAUAACAGAUAAAGCGAUGUUUGAUCUAGCGUUGUCUGGUCAUUCUAACUCAACAUGUUUCAUGAACACCAAGCCAGGAGUGGGAACGACUAGGUUAAGCCAAGUGUAAGUAAUUAGGAUACAUGUGCGUCCUCAAAGGAACUCAUGGCUGAAAUAAUGCAUAAAAUAGCUUCAUUCACACCAAGUGAGCAAAAGCUUUUGAUUGAUACAAACUAAGGAAGUGUUUAAUUUUUGAAUGGGGAAACAGUUUUGUAAAACAGCGAGAGUAGCGAGUGUAGGCCUAUCUAUGGUGUUUUGUGAGCAAAUAAAAAUAGCAAAUAUUAGGCUACAUUGGUACAUGGAAUAAAGUUCUUCUUAUCAGGUUAAACCAAUAAGACAGCAGAAUUUACAUGAAUUGACUAAGCUUGUUAGCUUAGUUAAGUAUGUUAGCCUGAUUGGGACCAGGCUAGCCACCCAGAAUAAAUCCCCACAGUAACAUAUUGUAUGUCUCUUUGAUUUUGAGAAACCAUGGCUAAAUUCAGCCAUAUAAUCAACAAAAAUCUUGUCUUAAUCCAAUAGGUUUUGUGAAAUAUCCCUCUGUUUGUCAUUGCGAUAUGGCAAAUGGCCAGUCCUUUUACAGAAUGAUGGGCAAAGUGCAAAGUCUUGAGUCUAACUAAAGCUAAUUCAAAAACUAAGCAAAAUCAAGUUGCUAAUUAAACACCAUGAGCUGGACCUUAGGUGUAAACAGUGACAAGUCAGCUUAUGCCCCCACAUGUUUGUGGAGAACUUUGCCUGUUGACUGAACUUGCACUUUUCCCACUUAUUAUAUUAGGGCAUGAACUGUGAACACCCAGACCUUCAUAAUUGUACAACUGGGAGUGGGUCAGGUUGACGUACGACUUAAAUUAAAACUUAAAUUGGUAUACAGUAAACUCUUACCAAAUCGUUUCGAAAGUUUAGCAAUCUUGUAAAUGAAGAUUUUAAAGGACCCGACUCUAAAGAUAUGCACAUCCAUGCCAGAUUAGAGAUUGUAUUUGCAUGCCUGUGUUUUAGGGACAUUGGAAAUGAGCUUCAAUGGCCUCUUGAACAGACAGACCUGCAGAGCAAAGGGUAUUCCCAGGUUAGAUUUGGUGGUUUUCACAAUAAAGGGAAGUUUGUGAAGUUUAUUCAAUGUUUAAGUUUUAAGGUGCAUUUACAUUCGAACCAUUUUGUAUUAUAACCAUUCGAACCAUUUUGUAUUAUAACCAUUUUGUAUUUGUAUAAUGAAAUAAAGUCUGUGCAUUGCAAUGUU